GCUCCGCCCAGGCUUUACUAUGAGAACAGGUUGGUACAGAAGAGAAUUCAGUUAUCCAUAACUCCGCGUCAGACGUGUGUUCUGUCUCCUCUCAACUGAAGCAAUGAUGCUCCCGUUUCUGGCGCUGCUGGUUGCGCUUUCCUUACCUGGAUAUCUGGAUGCGCUUCAUGGAUUAUACGCCUUCGACCAGCCCGAGCUCUUUCAGAAAAAGAGCAACUGCAAACCCAUACCUGCAAACCUGCUCCUGUGCCAUGACAUCGAGUACACGGGCAUGCGUCUGCCCAACCUCCUCGGACACGAAACCAUGAACGAGGUUCUGCAACAGGCUUCCUCCUGGACCCCUCUGGUGCAGAAACAGUGUCAUCCGGACACCAAGAAGUUUCUCUGCUCUCUUUUCGCACCGGUGUGUCUGGAUGAUCUGGACGAGCCGAUUCAGCCGUGCAGGUCGCUGUGUGAGAGCGUGAAGAGCGGCUGCGCUCCAGUGAUGGCCGCGUUUGGGUUUCCUUGGCCGGACAUGCUGGACUGCAAUCGCUUCCCUCUGGAUAAUGACCUGUGCAUACCACCUGCUGGCGCAGAUGCUUUAGUGCCAGUCACCAAGGAAGUUCCAAGAGUGUGUGAUGCCUGCAAAGAAAAGCCUGAGAAUGACAAUGAAAUUGUGGACAGCCUGUGCAAAAAUGACUUUGCUUUAAAGAUCAAAGUCAAGGAGAUCUCCUACAUGAAUGGCGACACCAAAAUCAUUCCAGAAACCAAGAGCAAGACUAUCUACAAGAUGAAUGGUGGUGUUACUGAUCGUGACUUCAGGAAGAUGGUGCUUUGGCUGAAAGAUGGUCUUCAGUGUGUGUGUGAUGAAAUGAAUGACAUCAAUGCCGCUUAUCUGGUGAUGGGCCAGAAGAUGGAUGGAAAUUUGGUCAUCACGUCAUUGAAGCGCUGGCAGAAGGGUCAGCGGGAGUUUAAGAGAAUUUCUCGUAGUAUUCGCAAGCUUCAGUGCUAGGAUUGUCCACUGCUCAGAGCACUCAAAUGGUCUUGAAAAUGAAGACCUGUAACAGUCACACCAAAGGUUCAUUUAAAACCCUAAUGUCUGCUUUUCCUGGCCAGUCAGAGCUCAGGAUUGGUGGAGCUGUCACUUGUAACUGCCAAAAAGCACCUAACCUAGAUUCAGCACAGUUACAACUUUUCAUUUUCCCUCAUAAGUUUGUCAGUUAACAGCACCUGUCAUUUUUACUAUUCACAAAACUCAUUCCUCUCUUCUAACAUUUUUGACUAUAGAGCCUCAAAACUGCCACAGAACAAUUUUCUGACAGAUGUUUUAGCAUAAAAUCUUCUAGCAUAAAACGAAUGUAUGUGGACACCCCUUCUAGGCCCUUAACGAGUUCUGCCAUUAUUUCCAGUGAAAACAAGUUUAAAAAGGAUCUCACCCAAAAAGGAGAAUUAAAUUGUCAUUUACUCACCCUCAUGUCAUUCCAAACGCACAAAACGUCUUUCAAACACAAAUGAAGACAUUUUUUAUGAAACAUGAGAGAUUUCUGUUCCUCUAUUGAAAGUCCAUGCCACCAAAACUUUGAUGCUUAAAAAAGUUCAUAAAGACAUUGUAAAAGUAAUUCAUAUCAACUGAACAGUUUAAUCCAAUGCUUCUAAGAGACCCAGUCACUUUAUAUGAUAAACAGAUUUGAUUUAGGCAUUUAUUCACAUAAACAUUCAUCAAUCCAUAUGCAUAGAGCACAUAAAAUAUGGUAAAUGAAAGCUUAAAUAGUCCUGCUUGAUUCACAGCAACCAACGUUUGUUUUUGUGUGUCGCACAAGCAUGUUUGAGCUUCUGCAAAAACCAAUGAGAUUUGUUUUUGUAUGUCAAGCAAGUAGUUGAGCUUCCAUGUUUACAAUGUCUUAUUAACUUUUUGAAGCAGCAAAGAUUUGUUUGAAUGGACUUUA